CCCCGCGCGCCGCCGCCGACGAGUCCGCGCCCGCCGCCGCCCGCUCUCCGCGCGUCCCGCCGCGCCCGCCGCUCCGGACCCGGCCGCCGCGGGGCCCCGCCGCGGCGCGCCCCCCGCAGCCGCCAGGUGCUCCCGGAGCGCGGCGCCGGCUGCCGCCACGCCGGGGAGCCGCCGCCUCAGGUCCCUUCAUGCGGCCGUGAGCUGGGAGGCCGAGCAUGCGGACCCGGCUUCCCCCAGCGCUCGCCGCCCUGGGCGCGGCGCUGCUCCUCUCCUCCACCCAGGCGGAAGUUGACCCACCUUCAGACUUGAAUUUUAAAAUUAUAGAUGAAAAUACUGUUCACAUGUCAUGGACAAGACCAGCUGAUCCAAUCGUGGGUUACAGAAUAACAGUGGACCCUACAACAGAUGGGCCCACUAAAGAAUUUACCCUUGCAGCCAGUACCACUGAGACGUUGUUAUCAGACCUCAUUCCUGAAGUAGAGUAUGUGGUGACGAUUGCUUCAUAUGAUGAAGUAGAAGAAAGCAUACCAGUGAUUGGCCAACUGACAAUUCAAACAGGUGGUCCAAUGAAGCCCGCCGAGAAGAAACCUGGAAAGCCAGAGAUACAAAAAUGCUCUGUCAGUGCCUGGACUGAUUUAGUGUUCCUCGUGGAUGGCUCAUGGAGUGUGGGAAGAAAUAAUUUCAAGUAUAUUUUAGACUUUAUUGCUGCUCUUGUGUCUGCUUUUGAUGUUGGGGAAGAAAAGACAAGGGUUGGAGUCAUUCAGUACAGCUCUGAUACCAGGACUGAAUUUAACUUGAAUCAGUACUACCAAAGGGAUGAGCUUCUGGCUGCAAUUAAAAAAAUUCCGUACAAAGGUGGCAACACAAUGACAGGGGAUGCCAUUGAUUACUUAAUUAAAAAUACUUUUACGGAAUCUUCUGGAGCAAGACUUGGGUUUCCUAAAGUGGCAAUUAUUAUUACGGAUGGCAAAUCCCAGGAUGAAGUGGAAAUUCCAGCCAGAGAGCUUCGAAGCAUCGGGGUGGAAGUUUUCUCUUUGGGCAUUAAAGCUGCAGAUGCAAAAGAGCUCAAACAAAUCGCCUCCACACCUUCGUUAAGCCAUGUUUUCAAUGUGGCCAACUUUGAUGCAAUCGUGGAUAUUCAGAAUGAGAUCAUCUCUCAGGUGUGCUCAGGUGUUGAUGAACAGCUUGGUGAAUUGGUUAGUGGAGAAGAAGUUAUUGAACCUCCUUCAAAUUUGAUUGCCGUGGAAGUCUCAUCGAAAUACAUGAAGCUAAGCUGGACUCCAUCUCCUAGCCCAGUGACUGGCUAUAAAGUCCUCUUUACCCCCAUGACCACGGGGCGCCGACAGCACGCGCUGAGCGUGGGGCCUCAGACGACCACACUCAGCGUUCGCGACCUGUCAGCAGACACGGAAUACCAGGUCAGCGUGGCCGCCAUGAAGGGGCUGACCGCCAGUGAGCCCGUGUCAAUAAUGGAGAAGACUCAGCCGAUGAGAGUGCAAGUGGAAUGCUCACGUGGUGUGGAUAUAAAAGCCGAUAUUGUGUUUUUGGUUGAUGGUUCCUAUAGCAUUGGGAUUCCAAACUUCGUUAAAGUUAGAGCGUUUUUGGAAGUUCUUGUAAAAAGUUUUGAGAUUUCACCCAAUAGGGUACAGAUAAGUCUUGUCCAGUACAGUCGGGAUCCUCACACUGAGUUCACUUUGAAAAAAUUCACCAAAGUUGAAGACAUAAUUGAAGCAAUAAACACCUUCCCCUACAGAGGAGGAUCUACGAACACUGGGAAAGCGAUGACUUAUGUCAGAGAGAAAAUAUUUGUGCCAAGCAAGGGUUCGAGAAGCAACGUACCGAAGGUCAUGAUUCUGAUCACUGAUGGGAAAUCCUCAGAUGCCUUCAGAGAUCCUGCCAUUAAACUAAGGAACUCAGAUGUUGAAAUCUUUGCAGUUGGCGUAAAGGAUGCGGUACGCUCAGAACUGGAAGCAAUCGCCUCUCCUCCUGCCGAGACCCAUGUGUUCACGGUGGAAGAUUUUGAUGCUUUUCAGAGGAUAUCUUUUGAACUCACACAAUCCAUCUGCCUUAGAAUAGAGCAAGAAUUGGCAGCUAUAAAGAAAAAAGCUUAUGUGCCUCCAAAGGAUAUUAGGUUUUCUGAGGUGACCUCUUACAGUUUCAAAACCAACUGGUCUCCUGCUGGGGACAAUGUGUUUUCCUACCACGUCACCUACAAGGAAGAUGCUGGGGAUGAGGAGGAGGUCACGGUGGUGGAGCCCGCGUCCAGCACCAGCGUCCUUCUCAGCAACCUGAAGCCAGAGACCCUGUACCUGGUCAACGUGACUGCGGAGUAUGAGGAUGGCUUCAGCGUUCCCUUGGCCGGGCAGCAGACCACCGAGGAAGUAAAAGGAGCACCUCGAAACCUAAAGGUGACAGACGAGACGACAGACAGCUUUAAAAUUACCUGGACUCAAGCUCCAGGGCGAGUGUUAAGGUACCGAAUUACCUACAGACCAGCUGCUGGUGGAGAAAGCAAAGACGUUACCACCCCAGCCAAUCAGAGGAGGCGGACGCUGGAGAACCUGAGGCCAGACACCAAAUAUGAGGUCUCGGUGAUCCCUGAAUACCUCUCAGGACCUGGCUCUCCGCUGACUGGCAGCGCAGCCACUGAAGAAGUUAGAGGGAACCCAAGAGACUUAAGAGUUUCCGACCCCACAACCUCAACUCUGAAGCUGUCUUGGAGCGAGGCACCAGGAAAAGUGAGGCAGUAUCUCGUCACAUACAGCCCCGCGGCAGGGGGUGAGACCCAGGAGGCCACUGUGAGGGGCGACACGACCAGCGCCGUGCUGAGAGGGCUGCGGGAAGGGACACGGUACUCCCUGUCUGUGACGGCCCUGUACGCAUCCGGGGCCGGAGAUGUCCUCUUUGGAGAAGGAACCACGCUUGAAGAACGUGGCUCACCUCAGGAUUUGGUCACUAAAGAUAUCACCAACACAUCGAUUGGGGCGUAUUGGACAUCCGCGCCAGGAAUGGUUCGAGGUUACCGGGUCUCAUGGAAAUCGCUUUAUGACGAUAUUGAGGCUGGAGAGAAAAGGCUUCCUGGAGAUGCAAUUCACACUGUGAUAGAAAAUCUGCAGCCAGAGACCAAAUACAGAGUCUCGGUAUUUGCAACUUACAGCAGUGGAGAAGGAGAGCCCGUGCAGGGAGAGGCCACGACGGAAUUAUCCCAAGAUUCAAAAGUCUUGAAAGUGGAUGAAGAAACUGAAAACACAAUGAGAGUUACCUGGAAGCCAGCCCCUGGGAAAGUGGCCAACUACCGUGUGGUGCACCGCCCACGCAGGGGGGGGAGACAGAUGGUUGCAAAAGUGUCCCCCAUGGUCACCUCAACAGUGUUAAAGCGACUUCAACCCCAGACCACAUAUGACAUCACAGUUCUCCCAAUUUACAAGGCAGGAGAAGGAAAGCUUCGGCAAGGAUCAGGAACAACAGCUUCUCGAUUUAAGUCACCCAGAAACCUCAAAACAUCUGACUCCACCAUGUCGAGCUUCCGAGUGACCUGGGAGGCCGCCCCCGGGGAAGUGAAGGGUUAUAAAGUCACAUUCCACCCCACGGGAGAUGAGAGAAGACUGGGGGAGUUAGUGGUCGGGCCGUAUGACCACACCGUUGUCUUGGAGGAGCUGAGGGCAGGCACCACGUAUAAAGUCAAUGUCUUUGGAAUGUUUGAUGGAGGAGAAAGUUCCCCACUUGUUGGACAAGAAAUGACAACCCUCUCAGACACGACUGUCACACCCCUUUUAUCCUCUGGCAUGGAGUGUCUCACCAGAGCUGAGGCGGACGUGGUAUUGCUGGUCGACGGAUCGUGGAGCAUCGGCCGGACAAAUUUUAAAACCGUGAGGAGUUUCAUCUCUCGUAUUGUGGAAGUCUUUGAGAUCGGCCCCAAAAGAGUACAGAUCGCCUUGGCCCAGUACAGUGGGGACCCCCGGACAGAGUGGCAGUUAGAUGCUCACCAAGACAAGAAGAGCUUGCUGCAAGCGGUGGCGAACCUGCCCUACAAGGGUGGCAACACGCUCACAGGCAUGGCUUUGAAUUUCAUUCGCCAACAGAACUUCAAGGCCCAAGCUGGCAUGAGGCCUCGAGCUCGAAAAAUCGGCGUUCUCAUCACCGACGGAAAAUCACAAGAUGAUGUAGAGGCACCUUCAAAGAAGCUCAAGGACGAGGGUGUGGAGCUGUUUGCUAUUGGUAUUAAAAAUGCUGAUGAGGUCGAACUAAAGAUGAUUGCGACAGAUCCGGACGACAUCCACGCAUACAAUGUGGCAGAUUUUGAUUCGCUCUCCAGGAUCGUGGAUGACCUGACCAUCAACUUGUGUAACAGUGUCAAAGGUCCAGGAGACUUGGAAGCACCUUCUGACCUGGUUAUUUCUGAGAGAACCCACCGCUCUCUUCGGGUGAGCUGGGUGCCGCCCGCGGACAGUGUGGACAGAUAUAAGGUGGAAUACUACCCAGCUUCUGGAGGGAAACGUCAAGAGUUUUAUGUGAGCCGACUGGACAGUAGCACGGUAUUGAAAGACCUGAAGCCUGAGACUGAGUAUGUUGUUAAUGUGUAUUCUGUGGUGGAAGAUGAAUAUAGUGAGCCUCUGAAGGGUACAGAGAAAACCCUGCCGGUCCCUGUCGUCAGCCUGAAUAUUUACGACGUCAGUCCUACCUCCAUGCACGUGCAGUGGCGGCCAGUGGGCGGGGCUACUGGCUACACCUUGUCAUACGAGCCCAUCAAUGCCACGGAACCAACGAAACCCAAAGAGAUGCGUGUGGGGCCAGAAGUGAAUGCCGUGCCGCUGCCCGACCUCUUUCCUAACACCGAGUAUGCGGUCACAGUCCAGGCCGCCCUGCACGACCUCACCAGCGAGCCUGCCACUGCUCGGGGAGUCACCCCACCUUUACCUGGACCUCGAGGCCUGAAGCUCAGGGACGUGACUCACAGCGCCAUGAAUGUCUUUUGGGAACCUGCACCUGGAAAAGUGCGUAAAUAUAUCGUUCGCUACAAAACCCCUGAGGAGGACGCCAAAGAGGUGGAGGUGGACAGGUCACGGACCAGCACCCCGAUCAGAGACCUCUUCUCCCAAACCCUGUACACAGUCAGUGUGUCCGCUGUGUACGACGAGGGGGAGUCCCCCCCGCUGACUGCUCAGGACACUACCCGCACUGUGCCAGCCCCUGCAAACCUGAGGAUCACUGAGGUGACGCCGGAGAGCUUCAGGGGGACCUGGGAUCACGGAGCUUCAGAUGUGUCUCUCUACAGGAUCACCUGGGCCCCUGUGGGAAGCUUGGACAGGAUGGAGACCAUCUUAAAUGGAGAUGAAAAUACUUUGGUGUUUGAGAACCUGAACCCAAACACCCACUAUGAAGUCUCCGUUACUGCCAUUUAUCCCGAUGAGUCAGAAAGCGAUGAUCUUAUUGGCAGUGAGCGCACACCACGUUUGAUACCCUUAACAACACCAGCUCCAAAAAGUGGCCCACGAAACCUUCAGGUGUACAAUGCAACAUCUAACAGUUUGACCAUUAAGUGGGACCCCGCUAGUGGUCGUGUGCAGAAAUACAGAAUCACUUACCAGCCCUCAACAGGGGAAGGCAGUGAGCAAACGGCCACGGUAGGAGGGCGGCAGAACAGCGUGCUUCUGCAGAAGCUGAAGCCUGACACUCCUUACACGGUCACCGUGUCCUCCCUGUAUCCUGACGGCGAAGGAGGUCGGAUGACAGGAAGGGGGAAGACCAAACCUCUGAGCACCGUGAGGAACCUAAGGGUGUAUGACCCUUCUACCAGCACCUUGAAUGUCCGCUGGGACCAUGCAGAGGGGAAUCCUCGCCAGUACAAGCUCUCCUAUGUACCAACAGCAGGUGGCCCAGAGGACCUGGUACCAAUCCCUGGGAAUACCAAUUACGCCAUUCUUAGGAACCUGCGGCCGGAUACCUCAUACACGGUGACGGUAGUUCCUGUUUAUACUGAAGGGGAUGGAGGACGCACAUCAGAUACUGGAAGGACGUUGGUGAGAGGACUGGCGAGAAACGUGCACGUGUAUAACCCUACUCCAAACAGCCUGGAUGUGCGCUGGGACCCUGCGCCUGGACCUGUGCAGCAGUACCGUGUUGUGUACACGCCCGUGGAUGGCACGAGACCCUCAGAAUCUACCGUGGUGCCAGGAAACACUCAGACGGUGCGCGUGGAGCGGCUGAUCCCGGGCACAGCUUACUCUGUGAACGUCGUCGCCCUCUACACGGAUGCAGAGGGUGACCCCAGCCCCGGCCAGGGCCAGACACUACCACGAAGCGGGCCGAGAAACCUGAGGGUCUCCGGGGAGACGACCAACAGCCUCUCUGUGUCCUGGGAUCAUGCCGACGGGCCAGUGCAUCAGUACAGGGUCAUCUACUCUCCCACCGUGGGCGAUCCGAUUGAUGAAUACACCACAGUCCCAGGCAGGAGAAAUAAUGUAAUCCUGCAGCUCCUACAGUCCGAUACUCCAUAUAAAAUUACUGUCGUUGCUGUUUAUGAAGAUGGAGAUGGUAGUCAUCUAACAGGAAAUGGAAGAACGGUGGGACUACUUCCACCUCAAAACAUACACAUCUCCGAUGAAUGGUAUACGAGAUUCAGGGUGUCCUGGGACCCCUCACCCUCUCCAGUUCUUGGAUACAAAGUUGUGUAUAAGCCAGUGGGUUCCAGUGAGCCCAUGGAAACCUUUGUUGGAGAAGUGACAUCGUACACGUUGCACAACCUCAAUCCCAGCACAAGCUAUGAUGUGAAUGUUUAUGCUCAGUAUGAUUCUGGACUCAGCGUCCCCCUGACGGGUCAAGGCACUACCUUGUAUUUAAAUGUGACAGAUCUGAAAACUCACCAGGUUGGGUGGGAUACUUUCUGCGUCAGAUGGUCACCCCACCGGGCAGCCACAUCCUACAGGCUAAAACUAAGCCCUGCAGAUGGAACCAGAGGACAAGAAAUCACAGUGCGUGGAUCAGAAACCAGCCACUGCUUCACUGGCCUGUCACCAGACACUGAUCACAGUGUCACUGUCUUUGUGCAGACACCGAACCUUGAGGGACCAGGUGUCUCCAUCAGAGAACACACCACUGUAAAACCAACAGAAGCCCCCACGGAGCCACCCACACCUCCUCCCCCUCCCACAAUUCCGCCUGCCCGGGAAGUGUGCAGAGGGGCCAAGGCGGACAUCGUGUUCUUGACUGACGCCUCCUGGAGCAUCGGGGAUGACAAUUUUAACAAAGUGGUCAAAUUCAUCUUCAAUACUGUGGGAGCCUUUGAUGAAAUCAGUCCUGCUGGAAUUCAGGUCUCGUUUGUGCAAUACAGUGACGAGGUCAAGUCUGAGUUCAAGCUGAACACGUACAAUGACAAGGCCCUGGCCCUCGGGGCCCUGCAGAAUAUUAGGUACAGAGGCGGAAACACAAGAACAGGCAAGGCCCUCACGUUCAUCAAGGAGAAGGUGCUGACCUGGGAGAGCGGCAUGAGGAAGAGCGUCCCCAAGGUGCUGGUCGUGGUCACGGACGGGCGGUCACAGGACGAGGUGAAGAGGGCCGCGCUGGUCAUACAGCACUCAGGGUUCAGCAUCUUCGUGGUGGGCGUGGCCGACGUGGACUACAAUGAGCUCGCCAACAUCGCCAGCAAGCCGAGCGAGCGGCACGUGUUCAUCGUGGAUGACUUUGAGUCCUUUGAGAAGAUUGAGGACAAUCUCAUCACAUUUGUCUGUGAAACUGCCACCUCAAGUUGUCCUCUCGUUUAUUUGGACGGCUACACAUCCCCAGGUUUUAAGAUGCUUGAAGCAUACAACCUGACAGAAAAGCAUUUUGCCUCUGUACAAGGGGUCUCUUUGGAGUCAGGGUCUUUCCCCAGCUACUCAGCCUACCGGCUUCAGAAGAACGCCUUUGUGCAUCAGCCUACAGUAGAUCUACACCCCAAUGGACUCCCUCCUUCAUACACGAUUAUAUUAUUGUUCCGACUUCUUCCAGAAACACCCAGUGACCCUUUUGCAAUUUGGCAGAUCACAGACAGAGAAUAUAAACCACAAGUUGGAGUGAUUGCAGAUCCUUCUAGCAAGACAUUAUCUUUCUUUAACAAGGAUACAAGAGGUGAGGUGCAAACUGUUACAUUUGACACGGAUGAAGUGAAGACAUUAUUUUAUGGAAGCUUUCAUAAGGUUCAUAUCGUGGUGACCUCAAAAAGCAUUAAGAUAUACAUUGACUGCUAUGAAAUCAUAGAAAAAGACAUUAAAGAAGCUGGAAAUAUCACAACUGAUGGUUAUGAAAUUCUUGGAAAACUACUUAAAGGGGAGAGGAAAUCAGCUACAUUCCAAAUCCAGAAUUUUGAUAUCAUCUGCAGCCCUGUGUGGACCAGCAGGGACAGGUGCUGUGAUAUUCCCUCUAGGAGAGACGAAGCAAAAUGUGCUGCUCUUCCCAAUGCUUGCACGUGUACACAGGACAGCGUCGGACCUCCAGGACCCCCGGGCCCCGCGGGAGGACCUGGUGCUAAAGGUCCCAGAGGUGAAAGAGGUACCAGCGGGGCAGUUGGGCCGCCUGGCCCUCGUGGAGAUACAGGCCCUCCAGGCCCCCAGGGUCCACCAGGCCCCCAGGGACCCAAUGGACUCUCUAUUCCGGGAGAACAAGGCCGCCAAGGGACCAAAGGCGAUGCCGGAGAGCCAGGACCGCCCGGCCGAGCCGGAACCCCGGGAUUGCCUGGCCCACCAGGGCCCAUGGGACCUCCAGGAGACAGGGGCUUUACUGGAAAAGAUGGUGCAAUGGGACCCAGGGGUCCCCCCGGGCCACCGGGGAGCCCAGGCCCACCAGGAGUCACCGGGCCGAGUGGGAAGCCAGGAAAACCCGGGGACCACGGCAGACCUGGUCCAUCUGGAUUGAAAGGAGAGAAAGGCGAUAGAGGAGACAUUGCUUCCCAGAACAUGAUGCGGGCCGUUGCAAGACAAGUCUGUGAACAAAUGAUAAGUGGUCAGAUGAACAGAUUCAAUCAGAUGCUGAAUCAGAUUCCAAACGAUUACCACUCCAGUCGCAGCCAGCCAGGCCCCCCGGGCCCGCCGGGCCCCCCUGGCGGCGCCGGAGCCAGAGGAGAACCGGGCCCUGGGGGGCGGCCGGGCUUCCCGGGCACACCGGGCAUGCAGGGACCCCCGGGCGAACGAGGUUUGCCAGGAGAGAAAGGAGAAUGGGGUGUCGGCUCUCCCGGACCCCGAGGGCUGCCUGGACCCCCAGGUCCGCAAGGAGAAUCCAGAGCCGGUCCACCAGGGUCCACAGGGUCAAGAGGCCCACCCGGGCCCCCUGGUCGUCCCGGAAACUUAGGUAUCCGAGGCCCCCCGGGCCCUCCUGGAUACUGCGACUCAUCCCAGUGUGCCAGCAUCCCGUACAAUGGGCAAGGCUACCCAGAGCCCUUCGUGCCGGAGCGCGAGCCCUUCGUGGUGCCGGCGGAGCCCGAGCGGACGGCGGACGAGUACGAGGACUACGGCGCCGACCAGCCGGCGGCCGGGCGCGCGCAGGGCCCCGCGCAGUGACCCGAGGCCGCCCCCCGGGAGGUGCUGGGACUGCCCUUUACAGACCGGGUAGAGCGGCGCGCGUCCCAGCCGAGCGCCCUUUCCUGACUGCAGAGAGCCUGGUCCUGCAGGAAGCCUCGCUCCCUCCCGACGCACAGUCUGUAGACUCCUUGUCCUUUGCCCUUGAAAUGCUUGCAAAGCACUUUGUUCACAAAAGCUGCAAGGAGAGAAGGUGCCUUGUGCCUCUAGCACCAUGGGCAGCCUCAGUGAAUCGCUUAGGUUAAGCAGUAAGUUCUGGAACCCAGAAGUACUGUGUGUUUUUUCCAGUGCCCUCUUGCAAGUCAGUUACACCACGAUUCAAGGAAUUUCCUUCCUGAAACCAAACCAGAGGGAGAAGUCAGCCCCGUUGCAGUGAUUUAUCUUCCUCGCCCUCUUCUGCACACGUUGGAGCAUAGGAUGCUCUUGCACAUCUCCUUUAACAAGCACAAACCUUAAAGCCGUGUAGCUGAAACUCUUGUAUCGACUGGAUACAGCUCCAUAUUGCCUUAAAUCUCCUUGUUUUAGACACACUAACAUUUAUGCCAAAUGGCAGAUUAUUCUGCAGAGAUGGAAUUGCAUGUUUGUGCUGUAUAUUUAGUAUGAAAUUUUUUUUCCCAGAACAUGUUUCUUAGUUAUCAAAAGCAGUUGGAAAAUGUUUGCAAGACUAUGAACAUAGAAUUGCUGCUUUUAUAUUUUAACUGCAGAUUGUGAAUUUCACUGCCUUAUAUUAUUUAUUUCUGAAACAAAAGAGGCAUUUUUCAAUAAAACUACUGAAAAUUUGA